AAACAAUUUAUGACUCUCCACCCCUCCCAUCACGCCUGCUCCAUCCCUACACACACACACACACACCUUAUUUCUGUUCAUGUCACCCGUCUUUACUCAUGUUGCGCUUUCGGAUUUAUUCUGCUCUACACGCGGACAUCAUGCAGCUGCAGUCGGAAGCUUUUCAGGACUUUCUUCACAGGUUUUGAUCCAAACAUAUUUGACAUGUGGGAGUUCCCGAGGACUCGUUACGCGGACAGUAACGGCUCCGGGGCGAGUGAGGAGACGGAGAUUGCUGUGAAUAUCGGUGGUGUCAAGCACAUUCUCCACGGGGACGUGCUGAACCGAUAUCCCGAGACGCGUUUGGCGGAGCUGGUGAACCGAGCAACGGAUUCCACACAUGAAGAUCUCUGCACACUCUGUGAUGACUAUGACGACUUAAAGCGAGAGUUUUACUUCGAUAGAGACCCAGAGGCCUUCAAAUGCAUCCUAGAACUAUAUUACUACGGAGAGAUUCAUAUAAAGCGAGGAAUCUGUCCCAUGCGCUUCAUGAGAGAGAUGGACUAUUGGGAGAUAGACGAGGAGUAUCUAGAUGAAUGCUGUAUAAGCAGUUUAAAUGAGGUGCAAACCGAGCUGGCAGAAAUAGCAGAGAAGGUCAAGACCAUCCUGGACGACCUGGAGGAUGAUGUGAGGGUCACUAGAGGUCAGAAGUGUCAAGCGUUCCUGUGGAAACUCAUGGAGAAACCAGAGUCAUCUUUAGCCUCGCGCAUAAUCGCAGUGGUGUCGUUCGCGUUGAUCCUGCUCUCUUCUGUGGUCAUGUGCGUGGGAACCAUCCCGGAGCUGCAAGUGCAAGAUGCCCAGGGUAACCUCGUGGAACACCCGACCCUUGAGUCCAUCGAGACGGCUUGCAUCAUCUGGUUCACAGUGGAAUACAUUUUGCGUUUCCUGUCCUCUUCGAACCAGUUGCGCUUUGUGUUUUCCUUCAUGAAUAUAAUAGACUUUCUAGCAAUCAUGCCGUUCUACGUGGUGUUGAUUCUUACGCAUUUGGGCACUGCUAUCAUGGAGCUCGCCAAUGUCCAGCAGGCAGUGCAGGCGUUGCGCAUCAUGCGCAUUGCGCGCAUUUUCAAACUCGCGCGCCACUCAGCAGGUCUGCAAACGCUUACAUUCGCACUCAAAAGCAGCUUGAAAGAGCUGGGUCUGUUACUGAUGUACAUGAGCGUGGGGAUUUUCCUGUUUUCCGCGCUGGGGUAUACAUUGGAGCAGAACCACCCGGAGACCAUGUUCACCAGCAUCCCCCAGUCCUUCUGGUGGGCUAUCAUUACCAUGACCACUGUGGGUUAUGGAGACAUCUAUCCUAAAACAACACUGGGCAGGUGUAACGCGGCUGUCAGUUUUCUAUGUGGUGUAAUAGCUAUAGCGUUGCCAAUCCACCCGAUUAUAAACAACUUCGUCAUUGUUUACAGUAAGCAACGAGUGCUAGAAACCGCUGCCAAACAUGAGAUCGAACUCAUGGCGUUACGCGCGAAGGAGGAAGCGCAGGAGUGUCCGGAGGCUGGAAGAACAGCUUCGGCUGGCAGCAGCUCGGUGUGGGAUAGCGCUGCUGUGAGCGCGACCAAGAGUGACACACACAUCCCGUUACUUGGUGAUCAGACAAAUGUGUCCAAAGGCCCACCUGCCCACAAAUUCUCGAAUAACUACAGUACAGAGUGAUUUGCGCUUGUCCUCAAUACUUGAAUAAUAAACUAGAAUAAUAAACUAAUUCAGAAACAGAAAUAAUCAAUAUGAACAGCACACUGUGAUUACAGUAUGGAAAUCUAUCUGUCUGUCUGUCUGUCUGUUUAGAUAUCAUUGAUAUAACUCUAACCCUCUGCUCAACAAUAAAUCGUUUCAUGUCAGUAAUCAAA